GCUGACAGACGGUGAAAGCUUCUGCCAGCGCUGGUGGUGGUUGUGUCUUCUUGUCUGUAGCCUGAACGGACUGGAAAUACAAGUCGAGCGUUACUAAACUUGGGACCGCUUCACUACGUGGCGUGUUGUCGAGAAUCUUUCUCUGAUUUAUUAAUAUUCAGUUUCUAUUCUUAUUUCUUUCGAUUGAGAGUUUGGGACAUUUGCUGUCAGCUAACUUCCAUAAUAGGACGGCGUGUCGCUGGACGGAUUCACAGCCUAUGUUUAAUUUGAACUUAACCGUUUGACUCCAGCCCUUCCAGCCGUGCCCAAUGCUGAGGAAUGGAUAGUGUGUGUGCUAAAGGUGGGAAGAUGGUCGAACGUGAUGAGCAGCCGGAGAGGGAUAGUGGCGGUGGCGCAGCGAUGGCCGCACUACAUCAAUGCGAACUCAUCCAGAAUAUGAUUGAUAUCUCCAUCUCCAGUUUACAGGGGCUACGGACCAAAUGCGCCGCGUCCAACGACCUCACACAGCAAGAAAUACGCACUUUAGAGGUGAAGCUGAUGAAAUACAUCUGUAAACAGCUGCAGUGCAAGCAGAAAGUGCCAGAGACAGAGAGGCCUGAGGCCCUGGACAGCUACCCACACUUACGAGACUGGCUCCGCACCAUCAACCUGCGGCCAGAGCUCAUUGAGGCAGUGGAAGUGAAGUUGUCCCUGGAUGCCUUACUGCAGAUGACAGGUUCUCAGGUGAGGGAUACAGUACGAAGACUAGGGUCCAGUUCAGAAGAAUGUGCCAGACUCAGUGCUGCCCUCUCCUGUCUGAAGAGAGCCACUGACUCAGGAGGUGAACAAGACAGCAGUCCUUGGCUGUCUGAGCCAACUAGAAGGGACAGUGGCUCUCUACUGACUGCAGACCAGCUAACCAGCCUGGGGACUCCACUCCGCCCUCACAGUCCCUCACCUCUAGCCCGACCUUCCGCAAUCCAGUCCACCCCAUCCACACCCUCUGCUGCCUUCCCUCAUCCCCGCUCAGGCUCAGUAUCAGCAGCACCCAUACCUGAGGCGCUGGCAUCGCACGUUCACAGUGAGAGCUCCCUUACAGAUCCCUUCCCCUUGUCCUUGACUCACACAGCUCGUCUCCAUGGACACACUUCCACCCCACCUAUAACUCCGCCUUCAAAAAGGCGUCAUCGACUGAAGCCCCCCUGCACACCUCCACCUCCUUCCCGCAAAGUGCUGCAUCUGUUUCCCAACAUUGCCCUGACACGCAGCAAAAGCCACGAGUCCCAGCUGGGCAACCGUAUUGAAGACACUCCCACCAACAAGUGUGUUAAAAAGAACAAGUUAUUCCUGAAUAUGCAAGUCAACGGGAAUGGAUGCGAGGACUCACCUUCUCGCUACCCUGUCGUGUCUGCACGCACCCCUGGAGCCACCCCAGCUGCAGCCACAGCACCUUAUACCCUGCCUGGCACACCCACCCUAAUAGAAGAGCACAGCACCAUUAAGAAUAAUGUAGCACUACACCGCAGCUCCCCACAAGCUGUGAGGAGGGACAUAGGUCUAGCAGUUACACACAGGUUUUCAACAAGGUCUUGGCUGUCCCAGACAUGUCAGGUGUGCCAGAAGAACAUGAUGUUUGGGGUGAAGUGUAAACACUGUCGGUUAAAGUGCCACAACAAAUGCACAAAAGAAGCUCCAUCCUGCAGAAUCUCUUUUCUACCAAUUGCCAAAAUUCGGAGGACUGAGUCCGUUCCAUCUGAUAUAAACAAUCCUGUGGACCGGCCAUCAGAAGCACCACAGUUUGGCACACUACCAAAGGCCAUUACAAAAAAGGAUCAUCCUCCAGUGUUGAACCAGCUGGAUUCCAGCAGCAAUCCGUCCUCUACCACCUCAUCCACACCUUCCUCCCCGGCACCCUUCCAGCAGAGCAACCCUCUGAGCGCAACUCCACCACCCAAUCCCUCGCCCAAAGGUCACAGGGACAGCCGCUUCAACUUCCCAGCUGCCUGUUACUUUCAGCAUAGACAGCAGUUUAUCUUCCCUGAUGUCUCCACUCCUGUUAAUUUGCACUGUGAUGUUCUCCAAGACGCUGUCAGUGAAACAGAGCAAUCAGCGGAUGACAUACAUGCUGAGCUGGUAGAAGAUGAAGAUGAAGAGGAAGCACAGGAAGAAAUUAAGGUUGAAAAUGACCCAGAAGCAGAGGAAGAGGAGGGAGAGAAUGAGGACGAAGGAGAAGAAGAUGAUGAUGAUGGGGAGGAGAAUCGGAAGAACGCAGGCUCAGACGGUGAGUUGGAUGGCGAUGAGCUGGAUGAUCUGCCCAGCUCUCGGGGGAACCAGUGGAAGGGCCCCAUCUCCCGCAAGGCCAGUCAGACCAGUGUCUAUCUGCAGGAGUGGGACAUCCCUUUUGAGCAGCUGGACCUUGGAGAACUCAUAGGAAAGGGCCGUUGGGGCAAAGUGCAUAAAGGUCGGUGGCACGGCGAGGUGGCUAUCCGACUUCUUGAGAUUGAUGGGAACAAUCAGGACCAUCUGAAGCUCUUUAAAAAAGAGGUGAUGAACUACAGACAGACUAGACAUGAGAAUGUGGUCCUCUUUAUGGGAGCCUGCAUGGCUCCACCCCACCUAGCCAUCAUAACUAGCUUCUGUAAAGGGAGGACAUUGUAUUCAGUUGUUAGAGACACUAAAAACGCUUUGGACAUUAAUAAGACGAGGCAAAUCGCUCAGGAGAUUGUAAAGGGAAUGGGCUAUCUGCACGCUAAAGGUAUUGUUCAUAAAGAUCUGAAGUCAAAGAAUGUUUUUCAUGAUACCAAUAAAGUCGUGAUCACGGACUUCGGGCUGUUUGGGAUUUCUGGAGUUGUUCAGGAAGGGAGGCGUGAGAAUAAACUAAAACUUCCACAUGGCUGGAUUUGUUAUCUCGCGCCAGAGAUUGUGCGUAAGAUGAGCCCAGGAAACAACGAGGACCGCCUCCCUUUCUCCAAUGCAGCAGAUGUGUACGCCUUUGGCACCAUUUGGUAUGAGCUCCAAGCUAGGGACUGGCCAAUCACCAACCAGCCUGUGGAAGCUACCAUCUGGCAGGUGGGGAGCGGAGAAGGCAUAAAGAAGGUCUUGGCAGCGAUCAGCCUGGGCAAGGAGGUCACUGAGAUCCUCUCUGCCUGCUGGGCGUACGACCUGAGGGAGAGGCCAACCUUCACCCAGCUGGCUGACAUGCUGGAGAAGCUGCCCAAACUCAACCGCAGGCUGUCCCACCCUGGACACUUCUGGAAGUCUGCAGAGCUGGACAGUCAUCUCUUGUCUUGAUUUGUGACGGUUGUGAAGUCCAAAGUGUGAAUUGACCAAGUACAAUACAUACAAAAACAGGAGUCACAAGAAUGUUCAGAUCUAAAAAUACAGGAAAUGAACUUUGAACAUUGAAGAAUCACUUAAAAACAAUCACUCCUUGUCAUCUUUAUUGGUUUGCAUCAUAUUCUGCACCAGAAUGGAUUUUAUUCUCUUUUUACCCAGACCUCCUCCUCGCCCCCAUCACGCCAUGCUUCCCGCUUGUUUUCUGCUUCUUGCUUAUGAUGUGCUUUUUCACAAACCUCUGCUCCAGGACUACGUGCAACCUUUGUUUCUUUACUUUUAGUGUAAAACCUAUCACUGUGGAUCUUCUAUGGUUAAAUGCAGUUUCAUUUAGCCGGAUAAUAAAAGAGAUGCGAGCAUAUCUUUUACAUAAAACAACAAUUUAAAUCACUUAAAAUUUCAGUUUGGAUAUAAAAUGGUCAAAUGAAUCUUUGUUGUUGAUUGAACUAAUCUCUGUGUAUAUAGUAUCCUUCUGCUUUUGCAGUGGUGCCUUCUUCACCGUUGCAAGCUUGUUGCACUUUCACUAACCAUGUGAUGUUUGUGUUUUCCUUUGCUGUUUUCUCUCUUUUCUUACUCUCUUUUCUAAUCCAGGUUGUAGCAGUCGCUCUGACACAUAAGCAAUGCAAAACAAAGCCUGGGUCUGCCUUGCAUGCUCCUGAAUCCUUAACUGUUACAGGAUUGAUCAAAGCAUUGCCUCUGCCUGAACCAGACACUACUUCCACUAAUCCACAGUCUGAUCUUCCAUGUUUAACCACCACGUUUUCUUGUCGGGAAGAGAGGAUCAGUGGACUGAGGUGUGGUGUAGGGACAAACACGGUCGUCCCCCACCUUUUCCCUCCUUUCAUCUAAUAUCUCUUUGCCUUCCUUUUUGGUUUUGUUCUGUAAUGUUGUUUGGGACUUUGAGGCUUGUGAAUCACUGGCUUGUGUUGUCUGUGCUGAGACGGACUGGUGUGCUGUGCCUCCUGAUGACCUGCUUGCCUUCUCUGUGCUGCUGUGAUGUGGUUGUUCUCGCCAGGGACCCGACCACAUGGCUCCUCUUCACUCUGACACAAACAGACACACUGCUGGGCAUAAAAUGGACCCUACUCCCAAACGGAUUACUUCAUAUAUCUGUGUUUUCGCUGAGGGGGUUGACAAGCAUUUGACAGGCUGCUUGAGUGAUGUUCUUAAACCGACUGCCUCUCUGCUCCUGUCCCUCGGUGGUUUUAGCGGUUGUGUGAUGGCAUGUGCUAAGAUGUUCGCCAGCCCGUGUCCAGACACAAUGAGCACUUUGUCAACAGGAGAGAAAUAAUCAUGAACUCUGUUUUUUUUUUAUUUUUAUUGUUGUUGUUGUAUUUCUUGUUGUUUAGUUUGGUUUUAAAGAGUCACAUUUGCAGUGUUUCCUUUGAUUCUUCAGGAUGGUCUCUGAGGCUUGGACAGUGUGAUAUGCUCGCAUGUAUGUCGUCUUUUUGGAGUAUAACCUUGUAGAGUCACUGUUUAUUGGAUGCAUUUGAAAACAGGGCACUGAUGAAGACACUUCUGUACAGUAUGUUAAAUGGCAGGUGAAAGGAACCAGGUCAGAUAUUCCCUUCAUUCACAAUCCAUAUGGGAAUAGAAUUAUGCUGGCUAUAUAUUAUUAAAUACAUUUUAAUAAUGGUGUCCAUCCACUGAAGUGUAAAGUGCACUUUAUAAGAAUAUGAGUUCCUUAAAGUCCCUCUUCUAAGAGGUUAUUUCAUUCUCUGCACAAAAAGAAUAAAAAAAGAUAAGUCAGAAACCUGGUGCAAAAGUGUCCUAUAUCCUCCUAAAACAUUACCUCUUGCGUGCGCUUGUGCGUAAUGUUUGUGAUUGCUGACUUCAGUUGGUGUGCUUGUAUUUAUGUGUCGUAUGUGGGUGCAUGUGCAACCAAGUGAGCGUACUGUGUUGGAAUACCUAGGGUUGAUUUUUGUGAACGACUGCAGUACAUGUUGUGUUGCAAAAUCCAAUGGUAUGUAAUGUAUAUACAUUAUUUAAUGUAUAGCACAUUAACAGUUCUUACAAUAUUUGUAUACACAUUUUAUAUGUAAAGUACAUCAUUUUAGGUACUGCCAUGGCUAUUACAGAUGCAUAUAUAUAUUUAUAUUUUUUUCAUGUAUAAAAUCUGUAUAAAAGCUGUACAAUUUUUUAGAAUGGGCCAAUACAUGCUUUUCAUGUUACUGUAAAAAUUCAUAUUUUUGUAUUGCAUGUGAUGACCAUUCUGUACACAGUUUCUGUUUUCAUCCAUGGAAGACAAUAAAAUGGGGCUUGUCAUGUA